AUGAAACCCCUCCCCUUCCCAUUCCCCUUGAACAUUGGCACAGACAUCGUCCACAUCCCACGAAUAACCCGCCUCCUCACUCGACCGAACUACCUCCCACGAUUCACGCGCCGUAUCCUCUGCGACCAAGAACAGCAUGAUUUCCACACACGCUUCAGCGAUGUCAUCAAAGACCGUGUCAUAUACCACGAACAGCAUUCACCUGUACCAGCGGAUAUAACACGCUGGCUGGCGGGACGCUUCGCAGCGAAGGAGGCGGCGCGGAAAGCGGCGCCGUCUGGUGCGGCUUCAAUUGGCUGGAAGGAUGUCAUGGUCCGGAUUCAGGAAGAUGGGGGCAGGUUUGGCGAGGGUGUAAGUCGGAAGCCUGAGAUCGUUUAUCUUGGAAAUGCGCUGGAUGGGGAUGCGGGUGAGGGGAGGGUUGCGAAGUUGUCAAUCUCGCAUGAUGGGGAGUACGUUAUUGCUACUGUUUUGGCUGCUGGCUGA